UUUUGUUUCAAUUUCGGUUAAAUUUGUUAGUUUUUAGUUUUGAUGACACAUAUAGUUGUGGUAUUGGAAUAUUUUUAAGUAUUAGGAUUUUAUUGAACAAAUACAUUAAUAUUUUAAUAAUUUGUACAUAUGAAUUGUCGUAAAGCAAAAGUGAAUUUUCAAAAUUUUGUGACAAAAAAAUUUCAGCAAUAGUAUCUACAUAAAACACAAAUGGGAUCAAUAAAUUGUAAGGAACUAAUUACGGCUAAGGAAAGUCAGUCGCAAAAUAAUGAUAUGGCCCAAAUUUACACAUCAACAUUAGAAAAUGACGAUUACGUUGAAGGAACUAUUUGCCGGGAAACCGAUAUUAAUGAAAAUGAAAUGAAACAAUUUGAUUUAGGUGACAAUGGGAAGGUUUUAUUAAUCAAGCGAAAUGGUGAAUUGUCUGCUUUGGGUACUAAAUGCACUCAUUAUGGUGCACCUUUAAACACCGGUGCAUUGAGUGAUAAUCGUGUCCGUUGUCCAUGGCAUGGAGCAUGUUUUAACUUGAAGACGGGUGAUAUUGAAGAUUUUCCAGGUCUUGACUCUAUUCCAUGUUACCAAGUAAAAGUAAACAUUAAUGGUGAAGUAGUAGUACGGGCAAAACGAAAAGAUUUAAAUAAUAAUAAAAGAAUUAAGGACAUGGUAAAAAAGUCUCCAAGUAACGAUACUACUUAUGUAAUUGUUGGUGGUGGACCUUGUGGUGGAGUCGCUGUAGAAACAUUACGACAAGAGGGCUUCACAGGCCGCAUUGUUUUGAUAUGUAAAGAAAAUUCACUUCCAUAUGAUCGAGUUAAACUGUCGAAAAAUUUUGGAAUUGAUUUAUCUACACUUGAAUUUAGAAAAAAAGAAUUUUAUGAAGAUUAUUCCAUUGAAACGUUAUUAAAUGUUGAAGUCAAAACAUUAAAUACGAAAACAAAAACCGUCAUAUGUUCAAACGGAUACUCAAUUAAAUAUGAUAAAAUAUUAAUCGCAACUGGCAGCAGAGCUGUAAAAGCAGUCAUACCUGGCUGUGAUUUGAAAAACAUCUUCACUAUUAGAAAUCAUGAAGAUGUAGCUGAAAUAAAUAAACUUAUUAAUGAAAAAUCUGAUGUUGUGUGUCUAGGCACUGGGUUUAUUGGAUUGGAAGCUGCAGCUUAUGUUACUGGAAAAGUAAAAUCAGUAACCGUGAUUGGACGUGAUGUUGUCCCAUUAAAAACCGUUUUUGGAGAACUUAUUGGAGAAAGAAUUAAAAAGUUGUUUGUAGAUAAUAAUGUCAAUAUGAUAAUGAAUAGUGGAAUUGAAAGGUGCUUUGGAAACGACAAUGGAAUUUCUGCGGUUCAAUUAAAAGAUGGACAUACAAUACCUUGUGAUAUAUUAAUUAUGGGAACUGGUACUGUUUUAAAUACAGAAUUCAUUAAAAGUUCUGAUGUUGUAGUGAAUAGAAAUGGAUCAAUUGACACAGAUAAAUAUCUGAUGUCCAAUAUUCAAGAUGUUUAUAUUGCUGGAGAUAUUGCAAACGCACCAAUAUAUUCAGCUGAAGGGAAAAAUGGUGUCAUAGGGCAUUAUCAAUUAGCUCAAUAUCACGGUAAAGUAGCCGCAACAAAUAUGGCUGGAAUAAAAAUGGAAUUAAAAGCAGUUCCAUUUUUUUGGACAAUGCUAUUUGGCAAAUCAUUUCGGUAUUCCGGUUACGGGAAACACGAGGAAACAUACAUUGAAGGCGACUUAGAAGAACUCAAUUUUGUGGCAUAUCAUUUAGAAAAAAAUGGAAAUGUUAUCGCAAUAACAGCUUGUACGUCAGAACCAGUAGCAGCUACUUAUGCUGAAUUACAGAGCCAAGGGUUCCGUUUGCACAAAGAUGAUUUACAAGGAGAUCCAAAACUUUGGAUGUCAAAACUAAAAAUUUAAAAUUACUGAAGUUCAAACUCUAUAACUAUAAGAUCCGGCUUUUUUACCACUAUUAUUAAAUGCUACAAGUAUUAUUUGAAGUUGUAACUGCUCAAAUGUUUUAUUGUUUGAUAAAAUUAGUGUUUCCUGAGAAUUAAAAUAAUACAAAAUAUAACUAGCA